AUGGCUCUAAAACUCUACAGCAGUGUGGACACCAGUUUCUGUUCUGGUUGCUUCUCUCACUCAGCGUUUGUGUGGAGGAACCAGCCUUACAGGGUUGCCACGGUUUGCCUCGGGCUCCUCUGUGUUCUCCUGUUGGCGGGUAUCAUAGGUCAGAGUAUCCACAGUCAAAAAGUAAAACAAGAACAUCAAGACAAUGUAAAAGCCAUGGACAAAGAGAAAGAGAACCUGCAGGACAGCCUAGAGUCAGUGCAGAAAGACAAAAGGGAUCUUGAAGUCAAACGAAACCAGUUAGAGCAAGAUAACAAUGUAUUAUCUCAAAGGAAAGAGCAAAUACAAACAAAUAACAAUAUGCUUAGUGAAGAACUGAACAAACUAAAGCUCAGCCAAAGCCAGCUACAGGCCACAAACAAUAAUUUGAACAAAGACAUCGAACAGCUGAGGGCCAAUAAAAGCCGAAUGCAUACCAAUAACAAUGUCUUGCUUGCAGCCAAAGACUUGUUACAGAAACAAUAUGACACAGUGGUCAAACGUAAAGAUGAGUUACAGAGCGGUCAUGACUCAUUGACCAGGGAGAGGGACAAUUUUCACAACAAAUUCAAUAAUGUUACCAGAGCUAAAGAGAAACUGCAGAUGAGUUACAAUGACUUGAUUAAAGACAUAGAAUAUUUACAGGACAGAUACAACACAUCUACCAGUGAAAAGGACAAGCUAGAAAACAAUCACCAAAACCUAACCGCAGAAAUAGACACUAUACAGAGAAAUUUCAACUCUCUUAAAAAAGCAACAGACAUAUUGCGGGCUAAUUAUGUGUUGUUGGCUCAGGAAAAAAAAGAGCUUGAAAGCAGCUGUGAUAAUGUGACUGCAGAGAGAGAACUGCUGAUGGUGAAAAUCAGCAACCUGACGGCCGAGAGAGAUGAUCUUCAGGUCCUAGCUGACAAACUGAACAAGACGAUGCAAGAUAAGAAGUGUCUCACUGGCUGGCAGAAGUUCGAGAACAGCUGCUAUUACACUUCUUCUAGCAAGAAAAGCUGGAAGAAAAGCAGAGACUACUGUCAAAGCAAAGGAGCAGACCUGGCAAUCAUCAAAAGCAAAAGUGAAAUGACCUUCAUCAAUGGCUUGUUUGGAAGUGACAAAGAAGUCUGGAUUGGAUUGACUGAUGAAGGAGUAGAGGACGACUGGAAAUGGGUGGACGGGACACCAAUGACCUUAGCGUUCUGGGGUGCAGGCCAGCCCAACAGCUUUAAAGGUGGGGACCAGGACUGUGUGGAGUUCUGGCACCGUGCGUCAGGGAAAGGCGAAUGGAAUGACGAGAACUGUGCUUUGGAACAAAACUGGAUCUGUGAAAUGUAGUGUUUUUCCUGUAUGGGCAAUGCAUUGGUUAAUGUUGGCUACAUGCCAGACUGUAAUAAAUGUAAUCUUGAUAAUCGCUAUCAGUGUAGUGUAGAGAGAAUAAACAUUAGAGACUGCUUUCAUUACAUUUUAAAUAAUGGCAAUAUUAGACACAGUGACUAGGUUACAUGGACACCAAUAUUCCAACUAUUGACCUCAUUCAGAAUAUGACAAUUAUUUGAUUAUAAUGUUUAGAUGAGUUGAGUUAAUAAUAUUUCAUUUAUAUUCAUGUUUAGGUGUUACAGAGCUUAUUGUGAUUUUGACUUUAACUUUGACAUUGACAUUAUGUCCAUUACGCCAUACAUCAGACUUUCCCACAACCUUUUUGAAAAUAUGCAAACACUUCAUAAUAUCCAUUUCUCUUAAAAUGCAUAGCAUACUACUUUUUUCUCUCCUUCUUCGUAGUCUCAGCCACCCUGUCGUCUUCAAACAGCUGGCAACUGUCGAAUGUCAAUUUCUGAGAAUUCCUGUAUGUCUACAUGAUGUGACCAAGGUUGGAAUACACUCUUAAUUAGAUUAAUGCUAUGCCCCUUUGUAUUAUCUUAUUAUGCAAUCAGAAAAUGCUAUUAAUGGCAUUGUUUGAUUAAGACUGCUGUCUUAAUCAAGUUAAUGUCAGAAUAUUGGUGCCCAUGUAAACGUAGUCAGUGUUUGCUUAGAAAUCGAUAUCAUAUGACCAUUUUACACAGCAAUUUAGCUGUUGCUCACAGCUAAAUCUUCAAAUGGACUGUUGCGCAGUGAGUAAUGCAACAUUAAAUUGGAUUUAGCAGAAGACCCAGCUGAUAAAAGUGGAGCAGACACAGGUUGACGCCAGUUGUUUGGUUAAAGGGUGACUGAGGUUUCCACAGAUAUUUGUAGACACUGUGGAAACUGUUUAAUGGUAAUGCAGUGUAACUUGUAAUUAUAAGUAAUUUGUCUGUGAUGAUUUGAUAUUUACUUAAAUAAUUCAAUCCAUGAUGAUUGAUAUAUAGUUAACAGAUAACCAUGUAUGGAAAAAUACACUUUCAGAAUAACUCAAGUUGAUUUGACUGACAUACUGCACUUAUUGUAAUCACUUGACUCUAUGACUAAUGAAUGCAUAACCCAUGUGCUGUAGUCUUAAAUUGUUACUUUACUGACAGUUGUUGUUGCUAGCACAUACUGCACAAUUGGCAUACACUGAUUCAGCCAUAAACAUAGACUACUCUAUUUCCACUGCAUCAUUAAUAUCCAUUUAAUUGGUGCUUUCACUAUUGAAAUGUACAUGUGGAAAAAGACUGUGCUGUGCUUACAAUUCAAUUCCUUUUGUAAAACAUAUUCUAAAUAAACAUUUUACAUUUUCAAACAUACAAUCAACUGAUUGCUCAUUAAAUAACCGACUUUGUACAAUUUGUGAAAUAAGUCACUCUCAGAGUUCAACAGUAUGUUGAAGAACUCUGGAAAUUGCACAUGAAGCUAUUGUAUAUAUAUAUAUUAUACAAUAUACAAUCUUUAGAGGGUUUGUAUGGCAGUUGUUUUUAAGGUUGGGCAGCU